UCCCGCCUCAUCUGGCUUCACUCAGCGCCCAGCCCUCGAACUGCACUGCUGCGAAUUAUACAUUUUUGUGAAAUUGCAAUUAUUUAUUAAUUAUUAACUAUUUUUUUUGUGAAAUUGCAAUUAUUUAUUAAUUAUUAACUAUCAACAUGGUCGCGUCGCUGUCCUCGGGAGUCAUUCCUCGCAUCAUGCAUGGCGAGGAUAUCUCCAAGCCGGUGCUCCAGAUCCUGGCGAUCAAGAAGAUCAACAGCAACGCAGACUCAGAGCGCUAUCGCAUCCUGAUCUCCGACGGCAAGUACUUCAACAGCUAUGCCAUGCUGGCCAGCCAGCUGAACGAGAUGCAGCACAAGGGACAGCUGAACGAGUUUACCAUUGUGCAGCUGGACAAGUAUGUGACCUCCAUGGUGGGCAAGGACGGCGCAGGCAAACGCGUGCUAAUCAUCUCAGAGUUGACCGUCGUCAAUGCCGGCUCCGAAGUCAAGGUUAAAAUCGGUGAGCCGGUCACUUACGAGAAUGCCUCCAAGCAGGAUCUGGCCCCAAAGGCAGCACCUCCUUUGGCAAAUGCCCCCGCCAAAAAGGAGCCUGCUUUCAAGAACAACAAUAACAACAACAUAUCCAUGAACACAUCGAUCAAUAGCGGAAUGACGCACCCCAUUUCCAGCCUGAGUCCCUAUCAAAACAAAUGGGUUAUCAAGGCGCGCGUUACCUCCAAGACCGCUGUGCGAACAUGGAGCAACCCCCGCGGCGAGGGCAAGCUCUUCAGCAUGGAUCUUAUGGACGAGUCGGGAGAGAUCCGGGCCACUGCCUUCAAGGAGCAGUGCGACAAGUUCUUUGAUAUGAUCCAAGUAGACAGCGUCUACUUUAUCUCCAAGUGCCAGCUGAAGCCGGCGAACAAGCAGUACUCGCAGCUGAACAACCCAUACGAGAUGACCUUCACCGGCGAGACGGUCGUGCAGCUGUGCGAGGAUGCCGACGACGGUGGCAUUCCGGACAUCAAGUACAACCUGGUGCCCAUUUCCGAGGUAUCGGGAAUGGAGAACAAAGCAGCUGUGGACACGAUUGGCAUCUGCAAGGAGGUGGGCGAGCUGCAGUCCUUUGUGUCGCGCACCACCAACAAGGAGUUCAAGAAGCGAGACCUCACCCUGGUGGACAUGAGCAGCUCGGCCAUUAAUCUGACCCUCUGGGGCGACGAUGCCGUCAAUUUUGACGGCCAUGUGCAGCCCGUGAUCCUGGUUAAGGGUACGCGCAUCAAUGAGUUCAACGGCGGCAAGAGUCUGAGCCUUGGCGGUGGCUCCAUCAUGAAGAUCAAUCCUGACAUACCAGAGGCCCACAAGCUGCGCGGUUGGUUUGAUAAUGGCGGCGGUGAUAAUAUCGCCAACAUGGUAUCGGCUCGUACGGGCGGUGGUUCCUUCAACACCGAGUGGUUGAACCUGAAGGAUAUAAAUAUUCGCCAACUCGGCCGUGGCGACAAGCCCGACUACUUCCAGUGCAAGGCGGUGGUGCACAUUGUCCGGCAGGAGAACGCCUUCUACCGCGCCUGCCCCCAGACAGACUGCAACAAAAAGGUGGUGGAUGAGGGCAACGAUCAGUACCGCUGCGAGCGCUGCAACGCGCUCUAUCCGAACUUCAAGUAUCGGCUUCUGAUCAACAUGAGCAUUGGCGACUGGGCUUCCAAUCGUUGGGUCACAUGCUUCAACGAGAUCGGCGAGCAGCUGCUGGGACACACUUCGCAGGAGGUGGGCGAGGCCCUGGAGAACGACUCCGCCAAGGCCGAACAAAUGUUCUCUGCCCUCAACUUUACUUCGCACAUCUUUAAGCUGCGCUGCAAGGACGAGGUGUAUGGCGACAUGACCCGCAACAAACUGACCGUGCAGUCAGCGGCCCCCAUCAACCACAAGGAAUAUAACAAGUAUUUGCUCAAGGAGCUGCAGGAGCUGACAGGCAUUGGCUCCGCCACCAAGUAAUUCCCGGUAUCCGUUAUCUAUCCAAAAAUCAUAUUUUAUGAAAAUAAUUAGUUACUCAAUAAACUGUGUAGGGUUAGAACAUGUA